UAGAUUCAAAUAUCAGAUAUCUAGAUCCAAAUGGCUCUCUCAGUUUCAAAGAUCUCCUAUUUUGCCUUGUUUGCAUCUCUCUUCAUCUGUUUGGUUGUAGCUCACGAUUUUUCAAUAAUGGGUUACUCGCCAGAGCACCUGACAUCCAUGGAUAAACUCACUGCGAUAUUUGAAUCAUGGAUGUCGAAACACGGCAAGACCUAUAGAAGCAUUGAAGAGAAGCUACAUAGAUUUGAAGUUUUCAAAGAUAACUUGAUGCAUAUUGACCACAGGAACAGAGAUAUUACAACCUACUGGCUUGGAUUAAAUGACUUUGCAGAUUUGACACAUGAAGAGUUCAAAAGCAAGUACUUGGGAUUGAAUACUGAAUUUCCUAAAAGAGGAACUUCUUCAGACUUCACUUACAGAGAUAUAGUAGACUUACCUAAAUCCAUUGACUGGAGAAAGAAAGGAGCAGUCACUUCAGUAAAAAAUCAGGGCUCAUGCGGUAGCUGUUGGGCAUUCUCAACAGUUGCGGCUGUAGAAGGCAUAAACCAGAUUGUAACAGGAAACCUAACUUCACUGUCGGAGCAAGAGUUGAUCGACUGCGACACCAGCUUUAAUAAUGGCUGCAAUGGAGGACUCAUGGACUAUGCAUUUGAAUACAUAAUGAACAAUGGAGGACUCCACAAGGAGGACGACUACCCAUAUCUAAUGGAAGAAGGCACUUGUGACGAAAAGAGGGAAGAGAUGGAGGUAGUGAGUAUUAGUGGUUACCAUGAUGUGCCAGAAAAUGAUGAAGUGAGUCUGUUGAAGGCUCUAGCUCACCAACCUCUUAGCGUAGCUAUUGAGGCUUCUGGAAGAGAUUUCCAAUUCUAUAAAGGAGGGGUAUUUACUGGACCUUGUGGAGCCGAUCUAGAUCAUGGGGUAGCAGCAGUUGGAUAUGGAGCAUCAAAAGGCCUAGACUACAUCAUUGUGAAGAACUCCUGGGGACCAAAAUGGGGUGAAAAUGGAUACAUAAGAAUGAAGAGAAAUACAGGAAAACCAGAAGGGUUAUGUGGGAUUAACAAAAUGGCUUCAUAUCCUACCAAAAAAAAGUGAUCGAAUGUCAACAAUAAACAAUUUCCUUUCUUUUCUUUUCUUUUUUUUUCCUCAAAACUGAUCAUUGCUUCAUUAGAUGGAAUUUCCAUGUUAACCUUUGCCAUUGCUAUCUAUCAAUAAAAUGAGAUGAAAUUCACAUUGAA